CUGUGUCGAAUCUGCCGUUGCUAAUUCAGUCGUCAGAGAAAGAUGGCGGCCCCUUCAAAACAGUAUGGGCUGAUCUUGCCACAGAAGAGAGGAGCUUUCAAGACAGCAAACCUACAGAAACCCUCGGUUUUCGGUGAUGAUUCAGACGAUGAGACUACAGUUGGGGAGAGUCUGCAGAGAGAAGCAAUCAAAAAGAAGACGAUGAAGCAGACACAUUUGCAGAUGCAGAAGGCCCUGGAACAGGACAGCUCUGUAUACGAAUAUGAUGCUGUCUACGAUACCAUUCAAAAACAAAGAAGUGACGGCAACAAAAAGGUCCUGGGAGGCACUGACAAAAGGCCAAAGUAUAUCCACCAGUUAAUGAAAGCAGUCGAGGACCGAAAGAAAGAGCAAGAGCGAAGAGAAGAAAGGAGCAUCCAGAAGGAAAGAGAGGCAGAGGGAGAGAAGUUUGCUGAUAAAGACGCAUAUGUCACAUCCGCCUAUAAGCAAAAACUAUUGGAGAUGAAAGAGGAACAAGAAAAAGAGAAGAGGGAUGCAGCAAUUGAAGCUGCUUUGGAUGUGAGGAAACAAAAAGACCUGAGCGGCUUCUACCGACACCUGUUGAAUCAGACUGUAGGAGAGGAGGAGUUACCAGAUCGUUCAGCAAACAAAUCUCAGCCAUCAAAUGUCUCAAAAGACACAGAGAGGACCUCAGCUGCUCCCUCACCUCCAUCCCAGGACAAUGUCCCAAGUUCAUGCAGUGAUAGUGAAGAAGGACAUGAGCAGAAGUCUGGGUUCAGCAAGUCUGGGGCUGGAUCAAACCACUCAAAACGCCAAUACAGACAGAGGUCACCUUCAUCGGGAAGCGAGGAUAAGGAGAAGGAACGAGAGAGGGACAGAGACAGGCACAAGAAGAGCCAUAGAGACAGAGAGAGGGACAGAGAUAGGGACAGGGACAGAAACAGGGCAAGGGAAAGGGAGGACAGACACGGAGGCAGAAAAGAUGACAGGGAUAGGAGGAAAGACAGAGGCAGAGAUGAGGACAGAAGUAGAGGGCGGGGGGAAACGGAGAGGGAAGACCGGCAUGGUAAAAGGACAAGGAGCCCCAAAGACAGAGCACGGGAUAAGAACGGGGAAAGGGAGAAGAGGAGGAAUACAGUUGAGGAUGAACGGAAGGACGAAAAUAGGGAAGAGGAAAAGGAGAAGGCAGUGAUCAAGGAAGAAAAAGAACCAGAAAAAGAACCACAAACAAAGGAAGAAGCGCAAGUGCAGGGAGACGAGAAAGAGGAAAAGGUGAACAAGUUUGCAAAGCGCAGCACAGAUCAGACCGUGAGCUCUGCAAAAGAGAGGUUCAUGGCCAGACAGAUGGCACGCUCGGCCAGUAAGACCUAUAUAGAAAAGGAGGAGGACUGAGAGUUGCUCAGCACACACCGCAAGCAUCUCUGACCUGCAGAAGCCCUCAUCUUAAGAAAGACAAACCUAAUGUUAUUUUAUAGUUGUCUUUUUGUUCCUCACUGAAUUCCAUUAAAGUAAACAGAAGACUGGGUUACUUUCUGGAGACGUCCCCUGCCCUUUCCCCAAGCUUCCCAUUUAAGUCCUACUAACUUCCAGACACUAGAGGGCACUGUUGUUUUUGGUUAAUGUUCCUGAGUUGGAAGUAAAUAAUGCAACAAUUAAAGACUGCUCUAAUUAUGUGAUUAAAAACAAUUGUAAAACAAAAA